AUGCUCACUGAAGAAUGUAGUGCAGUAAUCCAAAAAGGGCUUCCACCAAAACUUAAGGACCUUGGGAGCUUCUUCUUACCUUGCACUAUUGGAAAUAUAACCAUUGAUAAGGCACUGUGUGACUUAGGAGCCAGCAUCAAUCUAAUGCCUUAUUCCAUGAUGAGAAAGCUAUGCAUAGAAGAGGUUAAGCUUACACAGAUGUCAUUAGAGCUCAUGGACAAAUCAUUGGUAUUUUCUAAAGGAGUGAUUGAAAACCUUUUGGUCAAGGUGGAUAAGUUUAUAUUCCCUGCAGACUUUAUAAUCCUGGACCUAGGAGAAGAAGAGAGUGACUCUAUUAUCUUGGAAAAAUCAUUCCUGGCCACAGCAAGGGCCAUCAUAGAUGUUGAACAAGGAGAAUUGACCCUAAGGGUACAUGAUGAGAGCAUCACUUUGAAUGUCUUUCCGGAAGCAUAG